ACCUCCUAAAUGUUAUAAUAACUAAGCGAAUUUAAUAUUUUUCAGUGCAAAUUGUAUUCAGUCAGACAGAAAUAUGAUUUUAUUACUUUUUCUGAGCACUUUUGCAUGCUUCUCAUUGAUAUUUAUUUAUAUCAAAAUAAAAUUUUCAUACUGGAAACAAUUUAAUGUUCCUGUCGUUGAACCAAAUUUCCCUUGUGGAAGUCUCAAGGGAGUUGGAACUAAAAUACAUGUCAUUCUGUUGUUUGACCAAAUUUAUCGAAAAUUGAAGGAAUACGGACCUAUUGCAGGAUUGUACUUUUUUACUCAACCAGCUGCGCUUAUAAUGGAUCCGAAAGUCAUUAAGGACAUUUUAGUGAAAGAUUUUAAUGUGUUUCACGAUCGUGGAUUAUUUGUUAAUGAGAAAAGUGAUCCUUUGUCCGGACAUCUAUUUUCCUUAGGUGGUGAAAAAUGGAAUCGUUUAAGAAAAAAACUGUCGCCUACAUUUACAUCGGGAAAAAUGAAAAUGAUGUUUGACACAAUUGCUGAUGUUUCGGAUCAAUUUAAGAAUUAUUUGGAACAACAAAUUGAUGAACCAGUCAAUGUGGAAGUUAAGGAUCUUCUAUCGAGAUUCACAACAGAUAUCAUUGGCAAUUGUGCAUUUGGAAUUCAAUGUAAUAGUAUGUUACACCCUAAUAGUGAGUUUAGAAAUAUGGGGAAAAAAAUUUUCGACACACCGAAAACCAAAACUCUUAAGUUCGUUUUUAUGAGUCUUUUUAGAGGCUUAAGUAAUCUUUUCCGGAUGAAAACAACUGAUGACGAUGUUGAAAGAUUUUUCUUAAAUUUAGUCAAGGAAACCAUUGAGUACCGACGACAAAAUAAUGUUGUUCAGAAGGAUUUUAUGAAUCUUAUUAUGAACUUAUCUUCAGAGUUUAACGCAAACACUGAGAAUUCAAUCAAAGUUGAACAAACUACCGACAUUAAUGGUAAUAUGAAUAACGACAACAUGCUUUCAUUUGAAGAAAUCACAGCACAAUGUUUUGUCUUUUUUAUUGCUGGUUUCGAAUCAUCAUCAACAUUGAUGACGUUUAUUUUAUAUGAAUUAGCAUGUAAUUCAGAAAUUCAAGAGAGAUUACGUGGACAUAUUUUAGAGGAGUUAAGAAAACAUAAUGAUAAAUUAACAUAUGAUUUAACAAUAAGCAUACCAUACCUAGAUCAAGUUAUUAAUGAAUCUUUGCGAAAAUAUCCCGCUUUGGGAUCACUUAGUCGAAUUGCAUCAAAAGAUUAUCAGAUUCGAAACACUAACAUUGUCAUAAGAAAAGGACAAUUCGUUAACAUUCCAGUGUAUUCAAUUCACCAUGAUGAAAAAUAUUAUUCAAACCCAGAAAAAUUUGAUCCAGAUCGGUUUACGAAAGAAAAUGUUGCAAAACGUGAGCCGUAUACAUUUUUACCAUUUGGCGCGGGACCAAGAAGUUGUAUUGGGCUCAGGUUCGGACUUGCUCAAACACGAGCAGGCAUAAUAACCAUUCUGAGUAAGUUUAAAAUUAGCAAAUGUGCAGAAACUCCUGAGCCAAUUGAGUUUUCUGCAGUAUCCCCUGUUUUAGCCAGCGUUGGAGGAAUGUGGCUCCAAAUGGAAAAACUUUAAUAUAUCCGUAUUUCAAAUAUUGUUUAAAACAAAUUUAGAGAGACUGAAAAAUGACUUAUAAUAACUUUUAACUUUAUUUUUAGAUUAUUUAUUCGUUCAUAAAGGGUUGACAUAAAAUUAUUUUUUAGUGACUAUAUAAUUUCUUUUUUAAAGUUU